UAUUGCAGUUCAUUCUCGUCAGCCGGUUCAGUCGCCACUGAGGUGUGUAUUCGUGCGUGCCAAAAACGCAGCAGCAAGUCGCCGAAAGCAAAUCCAAAAGUAAUCUACCCGUAGGUGUCUCGCAUUCCGACAACCCGCACACAGAACAAGCAACGCAGGAAAAUGUCUUCCGAAUUCCGUGUUGGUAUGCAUGAAGGUCGCAAUUCGAGCCGCGUGCUGAAGCCGCCAGGCGGUGGCCACUCGCAAAUCUUCGGUGGUCCCGAAGAGGAAGCACCACGCAAGACACAUGCGCCUACUGAAAUCUCCUCCUGCUUCGGAACUUCUCCAGCGGCGAAAACCGAAGAGAAAGUCGACUCCCAAGAGAAGGAAGUGAAGGAAAACGAGAAUACCACUAACGGCAACAGCGUUGCGGCGGAGAACGGCACCAACGGCAGCACCCCCGAAAAGAAGGUCGAGGAGAAGAAAAACGAGAUCAACGAGAAAAAGACUGAGUCUGCAUCAGAACGGAAACGUGUACCACCGGGCGGUUUUUCAUCCGGCGGCUUCUGGUAAUUGUAUAUCUCGAAGAACUCAAAACAAAACAAAAAAAAAACUACACACAAAAAUAAUAAUUAUGAAACAAUAUACAAAAAUUAAAUCUCGCCACGUGUUUGCGGCUUGCUGUUGUUGCUUUUGCAACACGAUGGGAUUUUUGGAGAUGUUUUGCUUAUUGUAAACCGAUAAAAAACGUAUACACCGCCAGUACCGACUGAUAUUUAAUAACUAAACGGAAAACUCAUUGUGAUUUUUGUCAUUUUUAAUAUUAAUCGAAAAUUUAAACUGAAACUGAAUGUGCUUUUGUGAUUCAAGUUUUUAAAUAAAUAAUUUUCCUACA